AGCGCCGCUGUCGGCUUGAUGUGGCAGGAGAGCCGUGCGGGAGCGGGGCUUCUCGUCCUCGCUGUCGAUUGAGAGGAAAACGGCGUGGAGCAGGUGUAGUGUGGCUGGGGGGCUCAGCAGGAUGGAAAUAGAUGCCCGUUUUCGGUACUAUUUCCAGCACCCGUGGUCGCGUCUCAUCGUGGCCUACCUGGUCACCUUCUUUAAUUUCCUCAUCUUCGCCGAGGACCCCGUCUCUCACAGUCAGACGGAGGCUCAUAUGAUUGUAGUGGGAAACUGCUUCUCCUUCCUGUUCAACAAGUACCCGGGCCUCGGAUGGAACAUCCUGAAAGUAAUCUGCUGGAUACUGGCCAUCAUCACUGGUCUGUUAGCCGGAAAGUUUAUAUUCCACCGCCAGCUCUUUGGUCGAUACCUGCGCCUGAAAAUGUUCCGCGAGGAUCAUGGCUCCUGGAUGACCAUGUUCUUCAGCACCAUCCUCUUCCUCUUCAUCUUCUCACACAUCUACAACCUUUUCCUGCUGAUGGCUGGGAGCAUGGAGCCUCACAUGGUGACAGAGUACAUGGGCAUCAGGAAUGAGAGCUUUAUGAAGAUUGCUGCGGUGGGGACAUGGAUGGGAGACUUUGUCACUGCUUGGAUGGUGACAGAUAUGAUGCUCCAGGAUCAGCACUACCCAGACUGGGGCAAAGCAGCCAGAAGGUUCUGGAAACAAGGCAACAACAGGAUUGUCCUCUUCUGGACAGUGCUCAUCUCUCUGACGUCAGUGGUGGUUCUGGUCAUCAGCACCGACUGGAUCAGCUGGGACAACCUGAAUCGAGGCUUCCUGCCCAGCGACGAGGUCUCCAGAGCCUUCCUGGCCUCCUUCAUCUUGGUCUUCGACCUUCUCAUUGUCAUGCAGGACUGGGAGUUCCCUCACUUCAUGGGUGACCUGGAUAUGAAUCUACCAGGAAUGUCAACAACGCACGUGAAGGUCAAGCUUCCUGUCUGCAAGAGCAUCUUUAAAGAGGAGUACCACAUUCAUAUCACAGGUAAGUGGUUCAACUACGGUAUCAUCUUCCUUGUGCUAAUUUUGGACCUGAACAUGUGGAAAAACCAGAUCUUCUACAAGCCAUACGAGUACGGUCAGUAUGUCGGGCCCGGUGAGAAGAUCUUCACAGUAGAGGAGCCAGAAACGCUCAGCUUCUUCAACCACAGCACCCUCACCUACGAGUGGCGCUCCACCAACAUCGAUCCCAACAGCAAUGUCACCUACGUGGAGCGAGACAUGUUUCUCCACAGCCGCUACACCGGAGCCAGCCUUGAUGUCAAGUGCCUGGCAUUCAUCCCGAGCCUGGCAGCAUUUGUCCUCUUCGGGUUCUUCAUCUGGUUGUUCGGGCGAUUUCAGGACAGCGAGACUUUCACGGAAAACCAGGAUAAGACGUAUGAGAGGAUAAAGAGGAAGUCCCCAUCGGAGUACAGCAAGGAGAUGGGUGUGACACCAGAGGAGGUGCAUGUGACCAUAAGUGACAGUCUAAAACGAUCAGGGACGCCCAUGCUUCUCUCAGUGGACGGGCCACACUUUGGAGCAACGCCCUCAACGAACUCAACUAUUUCCAUGGAAACCCAAGAGACACAUCCAAGCAUUGUGAUUGACAGUGCAGAGCCAGAGGAACCAGCAGUCUCUUUUGAUGUCCACAAGCUUUCUCCAUGACCUUAUGAACUCCUGAAACUUUGAAGUAUAUAACUGCAGGACGGGUUGAAAACGGGCUCCAGAUGCAGUUCGUCAAGCUCUUAAAUCGUCUCUUUUCUUUGGAUAAGACCAAGUUGCUCGACCACAACUGUUCUUGAGAUCCAGCGGGACAAAGUGAUGUUACAUGAUCACCAAAAGCCAGUCCUGACGGCUUCUGCAGUUGCAUUUGUUUGAAUAUAUUUUUGUACAACGAUCUUUUUAAAAGCCUCUAAAAUGGCACCAAUUCUGGUAAAAAAAAAAAAAAAAAAAAAAACCAUCUUUAAAACAAAAUGCAAACUUUUAAUUGACAUGGUGCUCGCUCGAAUUUUGCAUUUUCAUAAUUCAAUUUUGUCACAGGAAACUAUUUUGGUGCCUAUAUCAGAGGAGUAUUUGUUCAGUCGUGACACUGCAGUCAGGUGGAUUUAAAUGCAUCACACCAGUGUUACAACUACACUAGUGCCUUGAAAUGUCAUAUCUUAACAUACAGACAGAAACAUAUUCAGUUUAUGCUACAAUAGGCAUCAACAUGGAAGAUGUCCUAGUUACAGUUAGCGAUAUUACAGGGUCAGUUCACACCUAAAUCAAAUAUACAUAUUUUUCCUGUUACCUGUAGUGCUAUUUAUCAGUCUAGAUUGCUAUGGUGUGAGAUACAGAGUGUUGGAGAUAUCUGCUGUAGUGUCUGGCCUCUCUUGACUAUAAUGGAGCUAGAUGGCACUCAGCAUAUGGCAUAUAACAGUUUUCAUCCAAAUCUAAAAAGCCAUGUCAAAUUAUACUAUAGUCGUGUUAAAGCCGCACAUAUCUGGACAUCCAUUUCAGCUUUAAGUUAUGGGUCCCUUAGCUGAAUCUGAGGCCCCUGCUUCCUGACGAUAGUUCUGUUUAACUUAAGAGGCCCACUUAUCACAAAUUUUAUGCAGCUAGGCAGAAUGAAGUCCCAGCUUUUGAGAAUUAUAUGAAUUCCUAUUUCAUAAUAGUUUCCAUUGUCAUCAAAAUGAUAACUUUAUUCACUUAAUCUUCAUUUUUCAAAUGUACCUUCUGCACAUUGAUACUGUUGGUGGGUGUAGUUUGAUAGACAGAAAAUAGUUCCUAUAUGAAACUGCUCACGUUCUCAAGUUCUGUGGUAUAUCUUGAGUAACCGGGUCUUGAUUUCUGCUGAGUUUCUGUUGAGUUUUUCAAAUGUUAUCUUUUGGUGUUUUGAGCACCACAAGCUGAGCGCAAUCUAGUUCCACUAUAUUUAAGAUAUCAACUAAUCUUCUACAGCUGAUAUCUUCAACACUUGAUA